GAGAAAUUUCGGAACGUACUGAAUUAGACCCUUCAAUACGAGAGGCAUGAACCUUGAUACAGACUGCGUGAUGUCCUCUGUGAGUUGUGGGAAUGGGAAACUCAGACAGUGGCUAAUAGAACAGAUUGAUAGUGGAAAGUAUCCAGGACUGGUCUGGGAAAAUGAUGAAAAAUCGAUAUUCAGGAUACCUUGGAAACAUGCUGGCAAACAGGACUAUAACAGAGAGGAAGAUGCAGCACUCUUUAAGGCAUGGGCUCUUUUCAAAGGGAAGUACAGAGAAGGGAUUGACAAGCCAGAUCCUCCAACGUGGAAGACAAGGUUGAGAUGUGCCUUGAAUAAAAGCAAUGACUUUGAAGAAUUGGUGGAGAGAAGUCAGCUGGACAUUUCAGAUCCAUACAAAGUGUACAGAAUUGUGCCCGAGGGAGCAAAGAAAGGAAUAAAACAGCACAGUAUGGAGGACUCAUCACUACUUGUGAACCACAAUCCUUACCCAGUGCCUACUUCAUACCCUCCAUUAACACAUCAGGUAUCGAACUACAUGGUGCCUCCCGAACGUAACUGGCGGGACUAUGUUUCAGAGCAGCACCAUCCUGAACUUUCUUACCAAUGUGCAAGUGUUCCAUACCCACCUCGUAACCAUCACUGGCAAGGACCAUCUUGUGAAAACAGUUACCAAGUCACUGGUUCCUUUUAUGCCUGUACACCUGAACCACAAGCAUCUGGCAUCCCUUUAGAACCAAGUUUAAGGUCUGCUGAGGCUCUUGCUUUAUCAGAUGGUCGUCUUCACAUUUCUUUAUACUAUCGAGAUGUUUUGGUAAAACAGAUAACAACUUCAAGUCCUGAGGGCUGCAGAAUAGCCCAUGGAGAGAGCUUUGACGGCAGCAAUUUGGAUCAGGUCCUGUUUCCAUAUUCUGUUGACAUUACCCAUAGCAAGAAUAUUGAAAAGUUACUUAGUCAUCUUGAAAGAGGUGUCUUACUCUGGAUGUUAUCUGAUGGACUUUAUGCAAAGAGACUAUGCCAAAGCAGGAUCUACUGGGACGGCCCUCUUGCUGUAUACAGUGACAGACCGAACAAGCUAGAGAGGGAACAGACCUGCAAGCUUUUUGACACCCAGCAAUUUUUGACAGAACUCCAAGGAUAUGCUCAUCAUGGACGCCCAAUUCCAAGGUUCCAGAUUGUUUUAUGUUUUGGUGAAGAAUUUCCAGAUCCACAGAGACAACGAAAGCUGAUUACAGCCCAUGUUGAACCCGUGUUUGCAAGACAACUUUUUAACUUUGCUCAUCACAACAGUGGACACUAUUUAAGAGGCUAUGAUCUACCAGAUCACUUAAGUAGUUCAGAAGAUUACCACAGAUCUAUCCGCCAUUCUUCCAUUCAGGAAUGAAGGAAAGGCUCCAGUAGGAGCCCCAUUGACACUGGAAACUCUAUUAAAUGUAAGGCAGUGCAAUCAGUACAGCUCUCAAGUUUGUCUGGAUCAGCGUAAGUGGAUGUGUUUCCAAAAGGGCGGCAGGGAGCUAAAUAAAUGGUACACAGGUAGAAACCCAUAUUGUUUCUGCAUGCCAAGAAUUAUACUGCCUUCAUCUUUCAGCAAGAGAAGAAAAGAUCAUGGACAUCUGUUUUGCUCUUCCAUUUAAUUGAAUUAUUUGUGAUCUAGGGGAAUGACUGUAAAACUGACAAAACUGAACUGAUUGUACCAAUGUUUGUAUAUAUUUUUUUAUUGUAUGUAACUGCAGCUGUUUUUCUAGAACAGUACUUACAAUCUGCACUUGUGAUUUAUUUAUCAUUAUUCUCCUCACUCAGGGCUGUUUUGGAAAAUUUUUUUUCUGCACAUCAUCACAGAAUAGCCAAAAGAUUGUAUAACCAUGCAGUAAGUUUCUUUCCACCAGAUGUGAAUUUCUGUUGGUGACUAAGAUAUUUCCUAUGCAAAUGAUCUCAAACUGCCCUGCUUCAUGCUGCUAGCAGUGGUUUUAGUAAUCUAGCAUGUCAGGAAUGAAAACGGCAUCAGUGCUAGUCUUGCCAAAAUACUCACAUAAUCUCAGGUUUCUGGCAUUUGCUGUAUAUUUUCCUUUGCCAAGUAGCUCCCUGCAUAUUUAGUGCUUUUUUUUUCUUUUGUAGAUGCUAUGACCUUUAAUAAAGUAUUUACAUGUCUGAAAGACCAAAAGGUUUUCAUGUAAAUUUAGAAUAAACUAAAAACUGCAAUGUUAUUUCUGCUUUGUAUCGGCAAGACUCAAGGGAAAUUAUAUUGAGGUAUAUAUGUAUGUUUAAUAGUAGGUUCCUAAGUGACAUGUAUUGUCAUCUGAACAUUUUGAUUUCUUUUGAAAUGAAAAAGGGAUUCCUAAUAGAGGAGCAGCUAUGGUCUUGUA